AAGUGUUGAACCAUCCCCUGCAUUGUCGUUAUCCGUAGCUGCUUCCGUAUACUGAGCAUUAAAUCAACCAGACGAAUAUAGCGGCAUCGGAAAACAUUCCCAUUCCGUUUCGAAACUCGAUACCAUUGAACUGAAGCGAAAACACCAAAAGGCAGCRAAUAGCAUUACACUAUGCGGUCUGUGAAGUAUCUUGUUCCGUGCUAUCUAACGGCAUCGAUCGUUAGCAUUGUUGCUGGAUUCCAGCAACAGCAACCGAACCAACAGYUUCGUCUUCAACGGCGUGUCGUCGACCCGUCGACGCUUUCGAGGCAAAAAAUGCCAGCGAAAACUACUCUCUCGAAGAAAUCUAACGAUGCCUAUUCGAGAACAUUCGGGCGGACAACUCCUGGUUCGACUGCUACACAACUGAAUGCCCUCUCGUCGUCCCCUUUGGGUGCACUUGCAGUGCUGGCAGGAAUUGUUGUGGUCCACGAGAGUGGCCAUUACCUAGCAGCUCGUGCAUUUAACAUAACGGUCGAAGAAUUUUCCAUCGGAUUCGGUCCCAAGCUGGCCGGAUUCGAGGCCCUUGGGAAUGAAUUCAAUCUGCGAGCGUUGCCGUUGGGUGGCUUUGUCCGAUUUCCGGAGAACUACGAUUCGGAGGCGGUUUUCGAGAACGAGGAGCUCAAGCGCAAGGCCAAGCGAACGCUGCGCCGGGARGAAAAACGAAAUCCAGAGGACGGAAACAAUUGGAACUGGAAGGACGAAGCAUUGGAUGCAGCCUCGCUGGGGUACUGGGGAGAGAAGAAAUUCGAGGAGGCGCGCAUCGAAAAGAGGAUCGAACGCGAAAAUAAAGUAGCUUCGACAAAACCCUUUUGGGCAGGUUUGUUUGGUGCUUCAAAUGUUGCUGCCAAAACCAAUGGUGGAGAGAAUAACAAUAGCAAGGAAGACGGUGAACUAGUUGACAUUGACAAAAUCUAUGAAGACCUGGACGAGCUUGAAGAAUUUGAGGUCGAAUAUUUUGAGGACCCGCAACUUCUACAGAACCGACCCUGGCAGGAACGAGCUGUUGUUCUUAGUGGUGGUGUGAUCUUCAACCUUAUCCUGGCCCUGAGCAUUUAUUUUGCAGCGAUUGGACCCCUGCCCGUCGGGAGCAGCGAAGGAUUGCCCCGUGCUAUCUUCGACAAUGGCGUCGUAGUUUCCCAGGUUCCUAGGUCCGAUGGUCCAUCGAGUGGUUUGCUCCAGCGUGGGGAUGUUAUUACGGAAAUCAAUGGUGGGUGACCCUGUUGUCAGUUUCUUAGUUGGAAAUACUCUGUUGCGUUGUGUUCAUAUGGGUCAAUCUCACUCGGUUCAUACCAUAUUUUUCGUUCCAUUUUUUCUUGAAUCCAUUCAUGUUAUCAUGUAUUAGGUCGACCUGUACAAGUUCUUGGUUCUAAAAAGACCUCCGUCGCGGCGGGGCAGCAACAGGUCACGGAUGUCAUUUCCGCGAUUCGAGCAACACCCGAAGGUGAAAGUGUGAGUAUCARCGUGUUGAGAGGAGCAACGAAGCCAGUGGCUACAACAGAAGCGUCAUCCUUGGAUGCAGUCGCCACAAAGCAGACAACAACGGAAACAAAAACAUCAAAAACAACAACAACGGUUCGCAUCAAACCCUCAACUGCCGAUGGGAGCAAUGUGCAAUCGAUCGGAGUCAUGCUCAGUCCCAGAAUCGAACGAUUGGAACGAUUGAAGAGCGACAACCCUAUAGUGGCAUUUCAAUUGGCCUGGGGAUAUCUCUCUGAUAUUUUCACGCAGACACUCCUCGGAACACUCUCUGUCCUGACCUCGUCUCUGUCGCCGAGCGGACCACCACCUGGUCAAAAGAUAUCGGGACCCAUUGGUCUCAUUUCGCAGGGAUCAAAUGUGGUUGCGACUAAGGACUGGACGGCAGUUUUGCUAUUUGCCGCAGGGCUAUCAGUCAACCUUGGUGUCAUCAAUGCCCUCCCUCUGCCGGCAUUGGAUGGGGGGCAGCUGGUUUUCGUGGUGGCGGAAGCGAUUACUGGAAAGAAGGUGGAUCAAAAAUUGCAAGAGAAGGUAACAUCUGUUGCCGUCUUGUUCCUGCUAUGGCUGAGUUUUUCGGCUGCCAUUGGUGACGUUGGUGGUUUGUUUCAAUAAAAUAUAUUCACGAAUAAGAAAAUCCAGGCAAGCAUGAUAAACGAACAUAUUACUA